CAACAGUUUGGGGGUUUCCGCGUCAGAGUCGCUUUCAGUUCUCUCUGGCACCGUUGUUUAGAGCGCUGUCCUCUUCCCUUUUCAGUCUAUAUUAAAAAGUGCACAGGCGCUGACGGCUCUCUGAUCUGUUGUGUGCAAGCAGCAGCGAGAUAGAAUGGAGGAGCAGCAGUCAAUCCUGCGCCGCAGCGAGAGCUCCGACAGCGGAGAUGUGGGGAGGAACCGGGCAAGUAAUGGGUCCACGGCUCGCGCCCUCAAAAUCAGCGGGCUCACCAUGCUGGCUUGCAUGCUUGUGGCAGGACAGGCCCUCACCAUCUACUAUGUGACCAGCCAGCGGAGCCAGAUCAGAGACCUGGAGAACACCGCCAGCAACCUGAAGCUGCAGGUGUCUCGUAGGCCCUCUGGUCCAUCUUCCCCGCAGGUAGUUCGCAUGCCACUGUACAACAUGCCGCUGCUCAUGGACAUGAGGAACGCCGAUGACAGCAAGAUCCCCAUGACGAAGCUGGAGAACACUGCAAGAGUGAGCACGGAGAGCCAGGUGAAGGAGCUGCUGCAGGACCAGGAGCUUCCCAAGUUCAACGAGACUUUCCUGGCCAACCUGAAGAGUCUGAAGAACAAGAUGCAGGAGCCUGAUUGGAAGGGAUUCGAGAACUGGAUGCACCAGUGGCUGCUGUUCCAGAUGGCCCAGAAGGAGCCCUCAGUGGCCACGACGGAGGCCACUAAGGAAGCUGCCACCAUCCGGACAAAGUGCCAGCUUGAGGCCACUGGGAAGUCGGUGAAGCCUGGCUUCUACCAGCCACAGUGCGACCAGGAGGGCAACUACCUGCCCAUGCAGUGUUGGCACAGCACUGGCUACUGCUGGUGCGUCGACAAGAAUGGCAAUGAGAUCCCAGACACUCUGGUGCGCGGGAGGCCCAUGUGCGGAGGUCCAGCGGAGGCACGUAUGAUCGCUAUGCCCAGCAUGGCCAGGAUGAUGGAGGAUAAGGAGUAAACGCAGUCUGAUCCGAACAUGAAAUGCUCAUUCAUCAAAACAUCUCUGAAAAUAUUUUUUUUAAAUGACUAACAGUUUUAAUUCAGGUAUAGGCAGUUUGGAUUCCAUUUUUUAGAUUAAGCUUUAACUCCCUUCAUAAUUUUUUUAUGACAAGCUUAGUGAAGAAUUUUUUUUCCUCCAUUUUAGCCACUUGUGCUUGAAAAACACUGCUCAGACAUCCUAUUCAUUCUUGCAAUAAAUAUCUAGCUCGUGGUGAAUUAUGUCUUUUUUUAAGUAAAAUAUGUAUGUAUCUAACAUUAUUUUAUUCUAUUUCUUAUAAGGGAGAUGGUAGCAUAAUUGAGUCACUGAAAGGCAGGUGAAUAAUUAAUAUGGUUUGAUUUGUUAUAUAUGAAGGUCUUAAAUAAAGGAUAACUUUACUACCA